AUAAUAUCUUGCAAUAAAGGUGCAGAAGGAAUUAAACGUAAAAAAACAGAAGAUCUACCAAUAAAAUAUUCAAAACUCAACCUGAAUAUUCAAUCUACUCUUAAUAAGUUGGUUGAAGAGCAAUUGGAACAACGCACAGUUAUCAAUACUUUACAAAAGGAAAUAAAAUGUGAAAUUUUAGAAAAUCAAGAAAAAUCCAAGCAACAUUUGAAAAGGAAAGAUAUUAAGAAUAUGUGGUUAGAUGCACCAAUGACAAAGGCAUAUCACAAACUAUUUCAAGAAAAUAAAAACCCAUCAGAUUCUGAAAUUGAACAAGCCUUUAAAUUACAAAUUCAUAACGACUAUCUUCAAAAGAUGCAAGAGCUUAUCAAUUCAAAUGGAUGGGAUGAUUUAUGGAAUGCUGCAUAUUCCGUUCUCAAAAAGUCUGCUAGUCCUGAGGAAGUCAGACAUUGGAAAGAGAUAACUCAAAUUCACCAAGCUAUUUUACAAAAAACAUUUAAUAAAGAAGAACUUCAAAAUAGUAAUAACAUUAUAUUCAGAGUCACAGUUAUCUUGAUGUUUUUAGAUCCAACGUAUGACCAAGCUGAAAUUUCAUCCUCAAAGGUAUAUGAGCGCAUGAACAAAUGGGAAUCUGAUCCAAUUGUGCAAAAAUGG